CUGUAGCUGUUCAGGCCUGAAGCUCCUUCUCCUGAAGGACCCCAGUACGUCAACAAGGCCUUCAGUGCCUACCGUGGCAUCUACAUGGAGAAGGAGGACCUGCAGCUGGAGCUUAAUAAACUGAAGAGGGAGAAGAGUGAGUCUGAGAGGCUCCUGAAUGAGCAGCUGCAGGCCAAAGAGAUGGAGCUGCUGCAGUUAAAGACUGAGAUGGAGACCAGCCAAGUGAUGAAGUCUCUAACCAGUACUCAGGACUACUGGCAGGUGGACAGGAUCAACAGUGAACUGAAGAUGCAUACGCUGCAGGAGGAGUUGGAGAGGAUGACUCUGGAGAAGAACCGACUGCAGGGACACUGUGGGGAUUCUUCUGGAACUGACUGUGACCAGAAUCACGUGGAGUCCAACCCCAGCGAUAAGGCAGUUCUACAGUCCUAUGAGGCCCUGGCCACUGAGAUCUCCUCUCUACACUCAGUGUUGAAACAACAGUCUGACCUGGUGAAGAAGCUAGCAGCUAACAGACGAGCAUCACCCAACCCAACCACAUAUCCCUAAAGGUACACUCUGUCAGCAACAACC